CAACAAUACCUGAACCGAACACCAGACUGAAAACAUCAAAACGCAUUUAAAUCACAUGACCUGUCGUUAUGACGUGUUUGUAGCUCAUCCGGGUCAAAAGGCGUCAGCAUGGACACGGGGGAUGUUCUUGCAUCUCUGGGGAUAGAGGGAGCCACCGCAGCUGCGCAUGCGCUCUCUCUUCCAGCAGAAGCGUAUGGAAACGAUGCUCAGUUGGAAGUAAUGUGGGCUAUGAAAGCCUACAAUCACGCAGAAGUUUACUUUAAUCUUAUUUCCUCAGUUGAUCCUAAAUUUCUAAAACUAACAAAAUCAGACGAGCAGAUAUACACUAAAUUCCGGGAAGCAUUUCCUGAUCUCAGUAUUCAAGUUCUGGACCCGGAGCUGCUGAAGUCAGCAGACGCCAAAGAGAAAUGGAGGCCCUUUUGUAACCAGUUUGAAGGUGUUGUAGAGGACUUCAACUAUGGUACAUUAUUACGUCUAGACUGUCAGAAAGACUACACGGAGGAGAACACGAUAUUUGCCACCAGAAUCCAGUUUUACGCCAUUGAGAUUGCCAGAAACAGAGAAGGCUACAAUGACGUCGUCCACAAAGCCAAUUCAAAAACCAAACAACUUAAAGAUGACAGUUAAUCACAACAGUGUAACAUUUUAAGUGUCCUUCUUGGUGUAGUAGAGAUAUUGCACAUCAAGCUCAAAAAGUGGAGAAAUGCAUAAUAAAUGUCCUAUGUAAAUGUAUGUAAAAGUUGCUUUUUUAUUUGUACUUUAAAGUCGGAAGGUGGAUAAAAUUGUUUUGAUUUUCCUGUAAUGUCUGGCACCUUUUUUAUAAUAACUACAUUUCCCCACUGAAAAUGUGCUGCUGUACUGUGAAUUGAUUGUCAUGGCUUGAAAGCUAUGAAAUUGCAUUCGCAUUUCACUUUAAAAUGUCAUUCAACAAAAAGCAGAACUCGCAUUAAUAAAAGUGGCCGUUACACCAAAAA